AAGAGCAAUUCAGUGUGUUUUGUAGUCAGUGAUUGAGUAGACAGCGGGGCCAACGCAUCCCAGAAAACUACAGCCAAGGCAAUUUGAUUUAUUUGGCUUCACCAAAAGCUCACUUGCCGGCACUUUUUUACACGUGUUGCCUUAUUCUGCUUGAAAUAAAUUGUUUUUUAUUAGAUAUACAUACAUACAUACAUAACAUACAGUUACUCGGUGUGAAUUCUUUCGAAAAAUUCUUUAAAAGUCAACGAAAGUUAUAUAACAUCGAUGAUAUAGUGACAAUAGUGUGUGUKAAUACGCGAAAACCGCUAACAGUAGUACAAAUAUGGCCAAAUCGAUGUUAUUGAUUUAUUUUUUGCUGGCUGUAGCGGUCUCACCGACAAAAAUCGUUGCUGGCGCUCGUAUACUCGGCAUUUUUCCCCACUUUGGCUACAGUCAUUUUAAGGUGUUUUUUCCCCUAUUGCGCACAUUGGCGGAGCAUGGUCAUCAUGUCACCGUGGUCACACAUAUUCAAGCGCCCGCUAAUACCACCACCAACUAUGAAGAAUUAUUGUUAGGAGGUCAAAAAUCUACAAAUAUCCUCACUUUCGAACAUAUACUACCGCGACGUCCGUUACACUAUCUUUUAUUGGAAGCAGAUAUUUUGCAUAAAGAGGGACAGAAAACUUGCGAACUUUUCUAUGAGAGCGGCCAUAUCGAAACGAUAUUGAAAAGACACGAACAGGAACCAUACGAUUUGGUUAUCACCGAGUACUUCAAUUCAGACUGCCAGUUGGGUAUACCAUAUCUGCUGGAAGUGCCGAUAGUGGGUUUAAGUAGUUGUUUAUUAAUGCCAUAUUUCUACGAUCGUAUUGCAUUGCCCGAUUUCCCCUCUCACGUACAAUCUGAAUUUGUCGGCUUUCCGGAGGAGUUGAACUGGCAUGAACGUCUAUUGAAUUUCGUACAAGCGAAUGUAAUCAAGAAGCUUUAUCGCUACCGCACAAAUUAUUACGAUCGCAAAGUGAUCAACAAAUAUCUAAAUAUAGAUUUCGAUGUUGAUGAUUAUGCCAAGCGUAGUACCAGCUUAAUUUUGGUCAACCAACAUUACACCCUACACGGUAAUAAACCGUUAACUUCGCAAUUAAUCGAAAUGGGUGGCAUACAUAUCGAUGAGGCAGCACUAAAUGCGAAAUUACCAGAUGAAAUUGAGAAAUUCUUAAAAAAUGCACCAUCCGAAGGUGUGCUCUUCCUUAGCUGGGGUUCUUUGGUACGUUCGUCUAGCAUGCCCAGUGAGAAAGUGCAAACAAUAGUUAAAGUACUCGAACGACAGCCUUUCAAUGUAAUUUGGAAAUGGGAGACCGACGAAGUACCAACGAAAAGUAAGAAGUUCCUCUUCGUCAAAUGGGCGCCACAAUUCAGUUUGAUCUGCCAUCCCAAAGUGAAAAUAUUUUGGGGGCAUGGUGGUCUACUCGGUACCACUGAGAAUAUAUAUUGUGGCAAACCAUUAAUAGUCACACCACUCUACGGUGAUCAAAGCGUUAAUGCAUAUGCGGUCCAAAAUCGUGGCGUGGGCUCCAUACUAUUCUUCGAYGAUAUUAAUGAAAAYAGUUUAGAAGCRACGCUUAAAGAAGUGCGCCGCAAGAGUUAUGCUGAGAAUGCUGCCRUGUUGUCGCACUUAUUCCGUAAUCGAGACAUGAAACCGCUGGACAGAGCUGUGUGGUGGGUGGAACAUUUGUUGCAAAAGAACGGCAAAAUGGCGCAUAAAUUGCUGCAGACAAAGGCGGUAAARCUAAAUUGGUUCGUCUAUUAUUCACUGGACAGUGUGUCAAUUAUUCUGAUCGGUUUGGCGUUGUUCAUUUUCAUUUUACACGCGAUUUUGCGACGCUUGUGCGGCGUUUUCAAAUCCGGCAAACAAAGUGGCAAACUGAAAACGAAAUAAUUGGACUAAAUAUAGAUAUUGUUGAAUAAUAAUAAUAAAAUUUUUGUUUUAUAUUAACGAAGAA